AUGGCGGGACAACUUGUCAUCAUGGGAUUUUUUUGUCUUUAUGUCACAAUUCUGGCCUCCGAAAAACGUAUUUUGAUGACUGACCCGGCGUUUGUGUCGCAGGAACUUACUCAUAUGCAGUCGGAAUUUCAGGAGCUCCGGGAAAAGGUUGGAAACCAAGAACAGACCAUAUCCGCUCUCCAACAAACUGUGUCACUCCUCCAACAAAAGGUCACCAUCCAGCAAUCUGUGGAAAAGGCGUGGUGUACACGAGAUGGGGAAGAAAGGAGUCCCACGGGGAACGAUACACAGCUCGUCUACUCAGGGUUUGCUGGCGGUUCUCACUAUACAUCUCCUGGUGGUGCAGCUAACACUCUGUGUAUGCCCCCUGAACCUGUGUGGGGAACUCGUAAAGACCAGACUGCGCGCCUAGCAGGACAUGUCUACGGUGCGGAGUACGAGGAUGUGGGUGUGUUUGGAAUGCCAGAUCUUAAGCAGGACGUGCCAUGUGCCGUGUGUAAGAAUACGGCCCAUUCCAUCGUUACCAUGGUACCAGGGAGGGCUACAUGUUAUCCGGGAUGGACGACAGCCUUCCACGGUCUCCUGACUUCGGGAUAUCCAACAGAAAAAGCCGCAUCUGAGUUCCUGUGUGUCGACGAUCAUCCACAGGCAGUACUAGGAGGCGGGAACACAGAUGACAAUGGCAGAGUGUUCUUCGCAGUGUACUCCAAAUGUGGGUCUUUGCCUUGUCCCCCGUACGAGGACGGAAAGAUAUUAUCAUGUUCUGUGUGUAUGAUGUAG